CUCCGCUUCCCGUGAGAGUUCGCUCACGCUGGUCCGGAGUCUGGAGACUGAGUUUGGUGUCGCAGAAGAACUCUGGCUUUAGGCAGAAGCCUGUGGAUUAAGAUGUACAAAAAGUAACUGAUAUUCUCAGUCUGGAAUAGGUAUGAGUGAUUUCAGUGAAGAAUUGGUAAGGCCCACAACAGAGGAUGAACAGGGGGAACCGCGUGUGCCCUCUGGUACAGGAAUGUGUCUUCCUUGGCUCCAAAAGCAUAUAGAAACCAUAGCGACUGGAGGAAAACAGGAGAAGGAUUUUGCUCAGACAACAAGUGCUUGUUUAAGUCGUAUCCAAGAAGCUCUGCUGAAGCACCAGUGGCAGCGAGCUGCAGGAUACAUGCACAGUUACUUUCAGAUCUUGGAAGAUUCAGAUAGCAACAAAAGACAGAUUGCACCGGAGAUUAUUUGGAGGCUUGGAAGUGAAAUUCUUUAUUAUCAUCCCAAAAGCAAUGUGGAGACUUUCAAUACCUUUGCUGACCGGAUGAAAAAUAUUGGUGUCAUGAAUUACUUGAAGAUCUCCUUACAACAUGCAUUAUACCUUCUGCAUCAUGGUAUGCUUGAGGAUGCGAACAGAAAUCUCAGCCAGGCAGAGACAUGGCGAUAUGGUGAAAAGUCAUCUUCUCAGGAAGUGUUAAUCAACCUUAUUCAGGCCUAUAAAGGGCUUUUGCAGUAUUAUAUUUGGUCUAAAAAGAAGAUGGAAUUGUCUCAGCUUGAUGAGGAUGAUUAUGCUUACAACACAGCGUCCCAGAAUAUGCUCAACCACAGCUGGAAGACAUCUAUAAACCUUUGUGCAUUGAUUCAAAUUCCUGGAGUUUGGGACCCUUUUGUGAAGAGUUAUGUAGAGAUGCUGGAAUUCUAUGGGGAUCAAGAUGGAGCCCGAGAGGUGCUUACCAAUUACGCCUAUGAUGAAAAGUUCCCAUCAAAUCCAAAUGCUCAUAUCUACUUAUACAACUUUUUAAAGAGAGAGAAGGCACCAAGAGAGAAACUGAUAAGUGUGCUUAAGAUUUUGUAUCAAAUUGUACCAUCUCAUAAACUGAUGUUAGAAUUCCAUAGAUUACUGAGAAAGUCAGAAAACGAAGAACACCAUAAACUGGGGUUGGAGGUAUUAUUUGGAGUCUUAGAUUUUGCUGGAUGCACUAAAAAUAUAACUGCUUGGAAAUAUUUGGCAAAAUAUCUCAGACAGACUUUAAUGGGGAGUCAUCUUGCCUGGGUUCAAGAAGAGUGGAACUCCAGGAAAAACUGGUGGCCAAGCUUUCACUUCAGCUACUUUCGGGCAAAAAGUGAUUGGAAGGAAGAUAAAGCUUUGGCUUGUGAGAAAGCUUUGGUAGCUGGAUUAUUGUUAGGAAAAGGUUGUAGAUAUUUUCGGAAUAUUUCAAAACAAGAUCACCAAGUCUUAAAGAAGAAAAUUAAGCAGAUGAAGAAAUCAGUGAAAAAAUACAGCAUUGUAAAUCCAGGACUCUGAUACUGAAUUUUAGUUACUUCAGAUUAGUAGCUUCAGAGUAGUAACUCAGUUGA